CGUCAGCGCGUGCCGCACCUCCGGCUCAGGUGCUCGGUCCGGUGCCGGCGCGUCCGCCGCCGUGACGUCAGCCGCCGACUACGUGACGGCCCGGGAGUCUUUAAACCCGCCGCCCCGCCGGGGAGCCCCGGGCAGACAUGUCCCAGCCGGAGGAGGAGCUGGACGACGAGGCGGACGCGUCCCGGCUGGAGCGGUACAUGCGGGAGCGCAGGAGAGCCAGGUCGCUGCCGGCCUACCCCGCGGCGCUGCUGGGCGGCACCGAGGGCGAGGGCCGGAAGCGGGUCAAGUUCGCCGACUCCAUGGGUCUGAACCUCGCCAGCGUCAAGCACUUCAGCGCGCUGGAGGAGCCGCGGAUCCCCAGCAAAGUCCUGUCCCGACACAAGAGCUUCCCGCCGCAGCAGCAGCAGCAGGAGCCGCCGGAGCCGGAGCGGCGGGUGGCCUGCGCGCCGGAGCUCGCGGACGCGGAGCAGCGGCUCCGGCGGCUGCGCGUCUGCCUGGAGGAGGUCUCCAUCAGCCGGCUGGACGUGCGCGGCCUGAUCCGGGUCUUGAGCGAGGCCGCGCGCGGCCUUCGGGAGGUCGGGGUCCGGUACACCUUUAACGAGUGGCUCUCCCACGUGGACGCGCCGGCCGCGCCGCAGCCGGGCUCUGCGGGGCUGCGCUUCUGCUUCACCGUCUACACGCCGCCGCUCACGGAGCCCAGCGCGACCGUGCACCUGGCCGUGUACCUGCGCAGCGACGACGGCGAGUUCUGGGACAACAACGCGGGUCGGAACUACACGCUCCGCUACUGCGCUCCGCCCAGCGAGGCCGCGUUCCACGCCACCUGAGCCGCCCGCGCGUACAGAGGCUCGCGCUCGCUCCUUCGUUGGUGACGUCACAGGCGUCGCUCAGCAGAGUCACGAAUAAAAAAAAAGAAAAAAACAUUUGUCUUCCGGCUGAAGCUUCAAAGUAAAGGUCACGCGCCCGUCUCACCGGAAGUUGGUUUUCAAUUGGUCAUGGAGGGGCCUCGUGUCGUCAUCGGCACUCGACGGAAGCCUCAUCCUCCGGGUUCGACUGCGGCGGCGGAGCCGACCAAGGUCCCACCGUGUUUGACCAGUCAACAGAGCGGCGGCUCAGCGCCUGGCCACGUGCCCCCUUCACACGCGCGCGCGCACACACACACACACGGACGCACGCACACAAGUGCGAAGACAGUUUUAAUGGUGAGGCAACAAGAAUAAAUAAAGUGGGUCAGCUUCCUCUUCUGGCCAGAGUGAUGUCACUUCCUGUCAAGAUUCCACCACUAUCUUCUGCGCCUGGUACAUGGAUCCGACGGCCACCUGCACACAAGCAAGCAGCGUGAUUGGUGGCGAGGACCAGCGCCACGGUCGCACCAAACUGUGGCCAACGCCUGAUCUGAAUGGUGAUUGGACAAAAGGUCCGACCUGGAGAAACAACACUGGGAUGGCACAGCAUGAGGGACGUGUUUACGGUCGCCAUCAACAUGCGCAUGACUCACACUGGUCACGUGAGGCCAGCAGAGGAAGACGGCGGGGUCUUGCUGAGCGGGUGCGAGGUGUCCAGCAGGGGGAGCCAUUUACUCGCACACGAUGCUCCAGAGUGCCAAACUCUGAUUGGCAAUGGGCUGCAGUCGGAGGGGGUGGUGCUCCGGGCCUAUUAGGCGCAAGGGGGCGUGGCUCUAAUGUAAAGCGUUGCGGAUGGAGUUCAACAAAGAGACGGAGAGCAUCUUCAUCGCCCCCCGCCGCCCCCCAACACGAUUCACUGUGACCCGGCCAACAGGCAAAGAGAAGGUAUGGGGCGAGCUGGGAGCCGCAGUGUGACUGGCAGGUGGCUGGUGCAUUAUGGGAGCAAAGCGAGACUGUGAGGUGAUCAGAGAGGAGUUUGUUUGGUAAUGAGACAGGACAGAUGCCGCCAGGGGAGCAUCUGCUGCACGGCACAGACGGAGGCGCGCACGUGUGUGUGUGCGUGUGUCACCUGUCUCUGGAUCAUCAUCAGACUCUCUCUUCCCUCCAUCAUCAGCUUCUCCACGGCUUUUGGAUCCUCAACUUUCUUAUUGGCCCUGAAGGAGUCACGCACACGCCGCACUGCGUAAGUCCUAAAACACACACACACACACACACAAGCACGUUUGUAUGGCUCCGCCUGUGGCGACAUUGUGAGGACCUCUCCUGGCCAUGACCCUUUCCCCAGCCUUAACACAUGACCAGAAGCCAGUUCAAACAAGGCCACACGUUGGUGUCGCUGACUUUCCAGCCUCUCCCCCUGAACCCAAGCCUCCAAAACAAGCUGAAGCAGGACCGAGACCCAGUUGUUUAGAGAGGGAGACCCCACUCAGAUGUCAAGCUGUCCCCAAUUGUUUUUAAUUCGUUCUUAUUCGAUCGCACAUUGUGCACCGCCUGCUUCCACGUCCGUCUUCUUUCCUGUCCAAACGAGCAUGUUGAGUUACGAACAAGGAUUAUAAUCAACCCGCACGCGCGCACUCACACGCACAGUGCUCUGAUUUGGUGUCGCAGGACGGACACAGUGGUUCCAGCAGGGAGGGCGGGAGGCACGAGUCCGCUCCCGCAGCAGCGCUGGCAGAUGUGGGUCGCGUCUCAGGGCAGUGGCGGACAUGAGAGCGGUUAGCGAGUCACGAUGCUGCGGGAGCGCAGGCCUCCCGGGAG